UUGGCGGAUGCAGCAUACUAGUAGUGCCCGGGAUUAAGGUAACUACUGGCGUGCAAACACAAUGAAAGUGAUUUUGUCUGUGAUAUUGUUCGUUGUUUUUGUGAGUGAUGUUUGUCCAGCUCGAAUAUUAUGCGUGUUCAAUUUCGCGUCGACGAGUCACUUUAUCCUGGGAAAUACUUAUGCUAAAGCACUAGCCGAAGCAGGGCACGAUGUAACCAUGAUUAGCCCUUUCGAAGAUCUUGAGCCACCUAAGAAUGGAACCUACAGAAACAUCGUGCUCACGGGGUAUUUAGAUGAUCCCAAAAAAACAAGAGAUAAGCGUAAUUAUUUUGAGAAUAUAUAUAGGAAUCCCUUCAGACUUAUGUACAUAGGUAACUACAUAGGACUGACGCUGACAAGAAAAACUUUGGAACAUCCCAACGUCCAAAAUUUAAUACAUUCCAAUGAGACUUUCGAUGUAGUAGUAAUUGAACAAUUUUUCAACGAUGCGCUUAAAGGCUUGGCAACGCAUUUUAAAGCCCAUCAAAUAAUCAUUUCGCCCAUCGGUACCAACACUUGGGUCAACAACUAUGUGGGCAAUCCAACAAUGCCAUCCUUUUCCGCUGAAUUUUUCACAGGUUAUUCGGAUAAAAUGAACUUCUUACAAAGAUCUUACAAUUUAUUCGUUACCGGUCUGGUUAAAGCAGCACAUUACUUGUGGUUCAAACAUAAACAUAACCUGUUGAUGAAAGAAUUCAUUCCAAACGCGCCUGAUAUCGAUGAAGUUCUGUACAACGCCUCCAUGGUUUUGAUGUGUUCGGAUUCCAGCAUCGGACCGGCUAUGCCAAGUGUUCCAACUAUGGUAGAAAUCGGAGGGUUUCAUAUAAAAGAACAGACUUUACCGGAUGAUCUUAAAAGGUGGAUGGAUGAGGCUGAACAUGGGGUAAUCCUAUUUAGUUUCGGUUCAACUAUUAAAGGAUUUCAUAUGCCGAAAGAAAAACAGCAAAUAUUUAUAAAUACGUUCAACAAAUUGCCUCAGAAAGUUCUCUGGAAAUAUGAAGAUGAUGUAUUGCCUGACAGACCAGACAACGUAAGGAUCAUGAAGUGGUUGCCACAACAAGCAGUACUUGAUCACCCAAAUAUGAAGAUGUAUAUAUGUCAUGGUGGCCUCCUGAGUAUUACUGAAGCAAUAUAUCACGGAGUCCCAAUGAUUAUUAUGCCUAUCUUUGCUGAUCAGCCAAUGAAUGCCAAUAAUGUUCAAGCGAAUGGCAUGGGUUUAACAUUCGACUUUAAUGAUUUAAGUGAAGAAAAGUUAAAGAAUGCCAUCGAAGACAUCUUAGAAAAUACCAGUUACAAGAACACAGUGAUGAUGAGAGCCAAGGCUUUUCAAGAUAAGCCUAUGACCCCUUUACAGUCUGCAGUCUACUGGACCGAAUACGUUAUAAAGCACGAAGGAGCUUUACAUUUAAGGGUUCACGGCUUAAAGCUUAACUUUUUCCAAUACUUUAUGAUUGACGUGUAUUUGGGACUAUUCUUGUUUAUAUAUUUAUGUAAAAGGAUCUUCAAUUAUUUUUGGGUUAAAAGAAACAGAAAACUCAAAACUGAGUAGACGUUAUGAUUUGUCUACGUAUAUACUUAAAAUGUUCUGUGAUAUUUCCACUCACUAUUUCAUAUGCUAAUUCAAUAUACUAGUUAAUUAAAUAAAUUCAUUUGAAAUAUAA